GAGGCGCCGUGACGUCGCCGCGCUCGUUCUGGUGGGCGGGGCUUCCCGGCGGGCGGCCAAGAUGGCGGAGCUGGACCUGUUGGGCUCCAUCCUGAGCACCAUGGAGCCGCCGCCGGCGCUGGGCGACCGAGAGGCGAAGCGGGCCAAGGAGCAAACAGCACAGCUGAAGAAACUUCAGGAACAAGAGAAGAAGCAGAAAAUCGAGUUCAGGAAGCGGAUGGAGAAGGAGGUCUCCGAUUUCAUCCAAGACAGCAGCCAGACCAAGAAGAAGUUCCGGCCCAUGAACAAGAUUGAGCGCAGUAUUCUGCACGACGUGGUAGAGGUCGCAGGCCUCACCUCCUUCUCCUUUGGUGACGACGAGGAUUCCCGAUACGUCAUGAUUUUCAAGAAGGAAUUUGCCCCCUCGGACGAAGAGCUGGACGCCUACCGCCGCGGAGAGGAGUGGGACCCCCAGCAGGCCGAGGAGAAACGCCGGCUGAAGGAACUGGCUCAGCGGGAGGCGGAGGAGGAAGCCCUGAAAGGCCCCACCGUGGUCAACCCCAACACCGACUACAAGGACAAGUACAGCCACCUGAUUGGGAAGGUGGCCGCCAAGGACGCAGCCCACACCAUGGAGGCCAACAAGGCCUACGGCUGCGUUCCCGUCGCCAACAAGAGAGACACGCGCUCCAUCGAGGAGGCCAUGAACGAGAUCCGGGCCAAGAAGCAGCGCCUCCGCCAGACUGAGGACGAGGGCCCCGCUCCGCCCGCCAGCAGCCGUAGGGAUCGGGGCCGCCGGCAGUGGCUGGGCUUGCUCCCGUCGGUGAUUUCAGGGACUCGCCUCCGGAGCUGCUGCUGCUGCUACUUCUGUGGAACCCACCUGGGGGCUCCCCAGAGCGGAUUAGGAGGGGGACCCCCACAAAACAUCCCUCCCCCUCCUCCCUAGGUGUACCCCAGCCGUUUUGAGUAGUUGACCCCUAGCUAGGGUGGCGUUAGCAUGCUGGCGGGCGAGGAGGAGGGGGUUUGUACAAGUUUUUAUCUUCUGCGUGUGAGAAAAGGGGCCGA